GCCGGCAACGAGCGUUUCGCCACUGGCGCGGUGACCGCCGGCACGACCUCCGGCGAGAUGAGGAAGGCCCUGGUGAAGUACAACCAAGCGCCUCACAGUGCCAUCAUCGGAUGCGCCGAUUCACGUGUUCCGGUGGACACCAUCUUUGAUGCCACGCCCGGAGAGCUGUUUGUGCUGAGGAACGCGGGCAACACUUGUACCCACGCGGAGGGGAGCAUGGUGGGUUCGCUCGAGUUCUGCACCGGCAAGCUGGGGAGCCGCCUGAUCAUGGUCCUGGGACACACGCAGUGUGGUGCCAUUGCUGGCGCCACUGCGACCCACCAAGCAGGUGGCGAGGUGAAAGCCCCGGGCUGCGCCCUGGAAGGCCUGCUACAGGGCCUGGCCAGUGUGGCCAAGGAAGCGAGUGAUGACUUGGGCCCAGGAGUGUCCCAAGAGAAGCUGGUGAGCCAUGCUGUGAAGGUGAACGUCUUCAACAGCAUGAAUUUCCUGUUGCAGUUUAGCGAACCCAUUCGUGACUUGGUGCGCAAGGGUGAGCUGGACAUCCAGGGUGGCAUCUACCACCUGGAGACCGGUCGAGUGGAAUUCUUGGGUCGUUCUCCCCGACAAGACGAGCUGUUGUCCUCCAAGCUUUCCCUUCCACCCUCCAUGGCCAUGGGCAUGGUCCGCACCUCGGAGGAUGGAACCUUGGAACCCAAGGUGGCCUUGAAGAUGUUGAAGGACGGCAACCAUCGUUUCGUCACCGGUGCUCCGGUGCUUGGAAAGGUGGACCGUCACAUGCGCGAAGCCUUGGCUCUGAAGGGCCAGGCGCCCCAUACUGCCGUGGUGGGCUGUGCCGAUUCGCGUGUGCCACUGGAAACGGUUUUCGAUGCCUUGCCCGGUGAUCUCUUUGUGCUGAGGAAUGCCGGCAACACUUGCACUCAUGCUGAAGGCUCGACUCUGGGGAGCUUGGAAUUCUGCACCGGGGCUCUGAACACUCGGCUGAUCUUUGUGUUGGGCCACACCAACUGCGGAGCUCUCAAGGGAGCCACUGCGGCCUAUCUUUCGCAAGAGAAGCGAGCCAACCACGCCCUGGACGUCUUGCUGAACGAGCUGGGCUCCGUGGUGUCUGAGGCCAAAAGUCAGUGCGGCAGGAAUGCCACCGCAGAUGAGAUCGCCAGCAAGGCAGUGAAGCUGAACGUCUUCCACACCAUGAAUUUCAUGCUGAAGCACUGCGAUGCCAUCCGCGAGAAGGUGCGCAGUGGUCAGCUGGAGAUCCAGGGCGGCGUCUAUGACUUGAGCACGGGGAAGGUGGUGUUCCUGGGAAAAAGUCCACAAGAGUCCAAGUUGAUCAAGGGCAGCAGCAGUGUGGCGCCCUCUCUGAAGCACAAGAUUGCUGUGUUUGGAGACACCUUUGUGACUGGAGAGCUUCAUGUCGUGCUGAUCGCCGAUGCCCUGACAUCUGCAACAUCCACGUGCUCCGUCAAUGAAGAGGUGCGAAAGGUUCGCACCACGGCAGACCCAUCGAUGGCACCUGAGGAUGCCCUUGAGCUGUUGAAGGCGCAGCCGCAGGAGCCGAAAAAGGCCGGCUCUGCCUUGGAGGGUCUGCUGAAAGACCUUGGCUCCGUGGCCCAAGAAGCAGCAGACGAACUGGGACCUGGUACCAGCUCAGAUGAAGUGGCAGCACAUGCCGUGAAGGUGAACGUCUUCCACAGCAUGAAUUUCUUGUUGAAGUUUAGUGACAGUAUCCGAGAGGCUGUCAAGUCUGGACAG